CCAACAUCCUCUGUCACAAUGGAAGAUAUCAAAGCAGCAGAACCACACAUUCAAGGCGAGCCCUUCUACUCUGAAGAUGGCAAGUCAAAUGCUCUCAUCUCUGAAAAUGAAGGUACGACUGCCGAUAAACACGACAUGCUUCGCAUGGGCAAGAGACAGGAAACCCACCGAAAUUUUCGACACAUCACGAUCCUCGGAUUCUGUAUGGUGAUACUAUCGACCUGGGAAGCAAUUUUGUCUACGGCGGUGUUUGCGUUAGGCAAUGGAGGGACCGCAGGUCUCAUCUGGGGGUAUCUGAUUGUCAUGAUCGGUUUCGGAUUUGUUGUUGCAUCACUAGCUGAGAUGGCGUCAAUGGCUCCCACUUCUGGCGGGCAAUAUCAUUGGGUUAGUGAAUUUGCGCCUCCUAGCUGCCAGAGAUUCCUGAGUUACCUGGUUGGCUGGCUUGGAGUUUUAGGCUGGCAAACAGCAGCCGCGACUGUCUUAUACUUGGCUGGCAAACAAAUUCAGGCUCUAAUUGUAUUGCACAACCUGUCCUAUACUCCCAAAGCAUGGCAAGGUACGCUGCUGAUUUGGUCCGUGCUUUUGAUCUGUUUGGCCUUUAACACCUUCUUUUCCAACAAACUUCCGUUGGUAGAAGGAGUUAUUAUUAUCCUUUAUCUGGUAGGAUUUUUUGCGGUCAUUAUCCCUCUGUGGGUUAUAGGCGAUAGAAUGGGCCUAACUAGAGCAGCGAGCUGUUUUGUAGGCAUUAAAGCUGGCGCAUACAUAGCUAAAGAAGUACGCAACGCUGCUUAUAUUCCUCGCGCCAUAAUGUGGACUUGGCUUGGCAACGGCUUGCUCAGAUGGAUUAUGGCCAUCACCUUCUGCUUCUGCGUUGGCGACACCAUGUCUAUCCUCAUGACGCCCUUGGGAUCACCCCAUAUCCAAGUAUUUGUCAACACGACUGGAUCGAUAGCAGGCGCUACGGCGUUAACAGUUCUGAUGCUUGUAAUCGCCAUAUUUGCAUGUGUUGCAGUUAUGGCAACUAACUCUCGUCAAUUGUUUGCCUUCGCUCGCGACAAUGGCGUCUCCCCUACGUUAGGUGUUCCACUCAAUUCUGUUUACAUAACAAUUGUGUUUGUUCUUCUACUCUCCUUAAUUAAUCUUGGCUCCGAAGUGGCGUUCAUGCAGGUCGUGUCCCUGGGUGUCGCUGCCAUGGUGACGUCCUAUCUCAUCUCAAUCUGUUGCGUCGCAUUAAAGAGAAUUCGUGGGGAACCCCUCUUGGCAUCGCAAUUCAAUUUAGGAAGAUGGGGGCUUCCUAUCAACAUCAUCGCGAUCGUGUUCUUACUCUUCAUUUGGUUGUUCUGCUUCUUUCCUUCGGCCUCACAUCCAACAGUAGCGGAUAUGAACUGGGCGUCGCUGGGUUACGGGAUAGUGAUUAUCUUUGCCGUAGUGUAUUUUGUAUUCCGAGGUAGGCACGUGUAUGUAGGACCAGUGGAGUACACACGCAGAGGAUAG